GACCUGGAUCAUGGCGGCAGAGGAAGAAGGCGGUAUGCCAGAUCUGGAUGUGAUGGGAUGAUUGAGGAUAUCUGUUGAUCAAUUGAGGCAGUAUUGCCAAUUCAGAAUCUUCCAAUGUCAUUCUCUCGGCUCUUGCGCUUAUAUGGAAACACAGGGUCCGUUCUCAAAGGCAGAACAAUCCACGGCAAGCUUAUCACAUCUGGAUUUCGUCCAGAUAUUUACACAAACAACCAUUUGUUGUCGCUGUACCUGAAAUCUGAUCUUAUUGAUGAUGCUCGUCAAGUGUUUGCCAGAAUGCCUGAACGAAAUCAUAUUACGUGGACAACUCUGAUAUCUUGGUAUUCACAAAUAGGUUUUGUGGAAGAAGCACUGGAUUCUCUUAGGCUAAUGAUUUCCGUUGGUUUUGACCUGAAUCAAUACAAUUAUGUGAGCGCAGUGUCUGCUUGUGCUAGAAGAGGAAAUUCCAGGGCUGGUAAAGAAAUUCAUGCAAGAAUUUAUAGGAGUGGGGAAGAAUUAAACAGCUUUGUAAGCAACAGUUUGGUCAAUUUGUAUGGGAAAUGUGGACUGUUGGAAUCGGCUCAGUGUGUAUUUGAUGCCAUUCCUGAGCCAAAUUCAGUCUCUUGGCAUUCCUUACUUUCAGGCUAUUGCCAGUGUGGAGAAAAUGUGAAGGGCCUGAAGAUUUUCUUGAGGUCUUUGGAGGCAGGAGUAAGGAUCAGUGAAUUCUCUUGUGUGACUGUUUUAAGCGCUUGUGCUGCGCUAGAAAAAUUGGAACUUGGUAUGCAAAUGCAUUCACAUGCCAUAAAGGGUGGGAUCAGAAUGGAUCAGUUUGUUGUGACUGGGUUAACAAACUUUUAUGUUAAAUGUGGUGAAUUGGACUUAGCCCAUCAAGCAUUUUGUGAAGUAAAUGAGCCGCAUUUGACAACAUGGACUGCAUUAAUACUAGGGUAUGUUCAACAAGGGAAGGGAAGGGAAGCCAUUGAUCUUUUCCUUAUUUUGCAUUCUUCAGGUUUCAGACCAAAUGAGAUAACAUUCUCAUCUGUGCUUGGAGCAUUUGCCGAUGCAAUGGAAGUUGAAGUUGGAAAAGAACUCCACUGUUUGAUCAUGAAAUCGGGAUUUUACUCAUUUACACAUGUGGGCAAUGCAGUUGUGAACUUCUACUCAAAAAGUGGGUUUCUCAAUGAAUCUUGGAAGACUUUUGAAGACAUGGAAGCACGUGAUAUUGUUUCUUGGAAUGCCAUGAUAUCUGGAUGUGUAAAUUGCAGUCACUAUGGAAAAGCCAUUGAGCUUUUGAAUUGCAUGUUAUGUGAAGGAUUUGAACCUAAUCUUUACACAUACUCGAGCCUUUUGAACAUAUGUGGUGAUCUUCCAGCUUCUGAAUGGGGCAGGCAAACCCAUUGCCGCAUCUUAAAACCUGGCUUUGAUUCUGCUGUUGUGGUGGGAAGUGCCCUGAUUGACAUGUAUGCUAAGUGUGGGCGCUUAAGGGAUGCUCGGAAAGUUUUUGAUAAUCUGCAUUCAAAGAACUUAGUUUCUUGGAAUGCUAUGCUUGUGGGGUAUGCCCAACAUGGAUUUGGUAGGGAAGCUUUAGACAUAUAUGAUGUGAUGCAGAAAUCUGGGGUCAAGCCAAAUGAUAUUACUUUUAUAGGAGUGUUGUCUGCCUGUGGGCAUGCAGGUCUUUUGGAGGAAGGAUUGCAGUACUUUGAUUCCAUGAAAAGAGAUUAUGGAAUCACCCCAAGAAGGGAUCAUUUAGCUUGUAUGGUUAGUCUUUUAGCACGCAAAGGACAAACAAAAAGAGCUUUAGAUUUCAUAAAGCAUUUCCCAGAAGUUGCAGAUAAGGUGGUUUGGCGCUGUCUUUUGUCAGGAUGCAAAACUAGCAAAGACUUAGUGCUAGGACAAUAUGCUGCUGAGAAAAUUUUAAGCAUUGAUCCAGAUGAUAUUUCAGCCCUUAUAAUGCUCUCAAAUAUAUUUGCAGGGGAAAAGAUGUGGAAUGAAACAGCAAAAAUGAGGAGGAUUAUGAAAGAGAAAGCAUUAAAGAAGGAUCCUGGAUACAGUUGGACUGAGUUGAAAAACAAUGUAUAUUCAUUUAGCGCAGGACAUAAUGUGGAUAUUCAUGGAUGUAGUGUCCAAAAAAUUUUGAAUGGAUUGACUGCCCAGUUGUUUGAUGCAGGAUAUGUGCCUGCUGCCUUGUUGCAAUUCCAUCAUGGGAAGUCUGUACACCAGGAACUGUUGACAUAGAAGUGCUUGAUGACAAACUAUUUCAGUCCAUUCAUUGACUU